GGAGACGAUCGCAAACAGAUCGAUACUAGACAUCGGUCCUCACGCAAGUCUGUAAGGAAAAUAUAAUAAUCAAAAUGAAAUCAGUGUUUAUUCUGUGUUUGAUAGCCUUUCUUGGCUUAACACUGGCCGAGACAACUUUAUACCCAAGGGGUUGUAUAUACGCGUUGGGUAAAUGUGUUCGUGAAUGCGAAGUCGGGACUCAUGCUUAUACUACGGGCUGCGGUUAUCUUACACCAGAGGCGACUUGCGAAAAUCCAAAACCAACUACUGAUAUGAGGGCACGAAUCUGCGAUUACUCGGCCUGCUACUGCGAUCCCCCAACAGUGAGGAAUAAAGUGAAUAACAAAUGUGUACCUCUUGAAGAGUGUCCCAAGUAAAUUGUUCCGAACCUAAGAAAUUACGAAUAUAUGCUAUGCUUUUUA